AUAUAUUGACAAAGUAGGAAGUAGAGAGAGAGAGAGAGAGAGAGAGUGUGUGAAGUGUGAGUGAAUGAAGGAAUGAGUGAUGUGAAUUGGGAAAUAGGAAUUGGGAAUUGAAAUGGGUGACUUGUAUUGCCCGGAGUGUAAGAGGGGUACGGAGGUGGUGUUCGAUCACUCAGCAGGGGACACAGUGUGCUCGGAGUGUGGGCUAGUGCUGGAGUCUCACUCCAUCGACGAGACCUCCGAGUGGCGUACCUUCGCCAACGAGAGCGGCGACAACGACCCCGUCCGUGUCGGCGGCCCCACCAACCCCCUCCUCGCCGACGGCGGACUCUCCACCGUCAUCUCUAAGCCCAAUGGCUCCACCGGCGACUUCCUCUCCUCCUCCUUGGGCCGCUGGCAGAACCGCGGUUCCAACCCCGAUCGCUCCCUCAUUCAAGCCUUCAAAGCCAUCGCCACCAUGUCCGACAGGUUGGGACUUGUUGCAACAAUAAAGGAUCGAGCAAAUGAGAUAUAUAAAAAGGUAGAAGAUCAAAAGCCUCUUAGAGGACGAAAUCAAGAUGCGAUUUUGGCUGCUUGCCUCUACAUUGCUUGUCGGCAAGAAGAUAAACCCCGCACUGUGAAAGAAAUAUGUUCGGUUGCCAAUGGAGCCACAAAGAAGGAGAUCGGCCGUGCAAAGGAGUUUAUUGUCAAACAAUUGGAGGUAGAGAUGGGACAAUCCAUGGAAAUGGGAACUAUUCAUGCUGGUGACUUCUUGAGACGUUUCUGUUCCCAUCUUGGCAUGACCAAUCAAGCGGUUAAGGCUGCACAGGAAGCUGUUCAGAAAUCUGAAGAGCUUGAUAUAAGGAGAAGCCCAAUAUCCAUAGCUGCAGCUGUUAUAUACAUCAUAACUCAAUUAUCAGACGACAAAAAGCUUCUCAAAGAUAUUUCACUUGCUACGGGUGUGGCUGAAGGGACUAUACGGAAUUCUUACAAGGAUUUGUAUCCAUAUGCUUCAAGACUAAUACCAAGCUGGUAUGCAAAAGAGGAAGACAUCGGGAAUCUCUGCAGCCCUUGAAACCUUUUCAAUUAGGCAGUUGCACCGGAUUAGAGCAAUCUACAUGUUUAGUACUGUUGUUCCUCUAGAGAUGGGGGAAUUUGUUAAUUAUUUGUAGUAUUAGUUUUUUAUUUUACUUUAACUAAGUGAGAGUGACCUUCCUAGUAAAAUGAAUCUACUUCUAAUUGUAACCAGUGUUGUCAAUCCGGUACAGUCUGAGUGUACCAAUUUGAGAGAAAAACGGAACAGUAGAACCACAAUUCCAACUUACUGGCCUGCUCCGGCCAAUCUCGUCAAUUUCGGUAAAUUCCGCCCA